AUGGACGCCGUGCGGUUGCCCGAGAGUCGUGCAUCUUCAAGUGCGAACAGCACCGCCGCGGAAAAGGCAUCGCCGUCCCAACAAUCGACGGCUGUUGUCGGCGCGUCGACACGGCGUCGUGCGACGCGGCGUCCCGAAGCAGGCGGGACGUCGACCUUCUGGCGACGGCGGCCGCUGCUUCAGCGGAGCCAGACCUGCCUGGGCGACGUGGAGCGAAAGGCGAAGAAGAAAUCGUCCGCUUCGUCGUCCGACCGCUGUCCCGGAGGUGGCACCGAGGACUACUGGUUCCUCGAGCCCGCGAGCGCUAGUUCAACUGUUGUUACUCCCGUCGGUGCCAGUGCGAGUGGUGCUGGGAUAGUUGUUGAAGAGCGCGCUCAAGCGGGGGACAGGAAAUUGCGUAGUGCCGACCGGAACUCUAAAGGCGGUUCUUGCCUCUUCCUGUCGCAGUGCUGUUGCCAGACGAAAGGACAGCAACGAAGCGAAUGCUCCCCGCAUUUCUCGCCAUCUAGGUCGGCGGCCCCUACAUCCCCAAGCAUCAGCUGCGGCUCGUCAUCGUCAAAGAACGCAGCCGAGAACCAGCGGUUCAGCAACAGUGGCAGCAAGUCGAGCCCUCAGCCGCCACCACACCAGUCACAGGCCUCCGGUUCGAGCUCUGUGUCGGCGUCCUCUGCCAUCCAUAGCGAACCCGGCAUCAAGGCCUCUAAGACAGCGGAUGAAGCUGCAGCAUCAGCAGCGGCGUCGGCAGCAGAGGCAUGCGGCGACGACGCUGGCGAUGUGCAGUACUGCGACCCUUGGGACACGGGCCCAGCCGCCGUGGCUCUGCGGCUGCUGAGAGCCGAAGAGCAGCGCAACAAGAGCCCCACUCCGGCACACACCAGCCCUGCCACAGGGGGGGCGCUGUCCGCCGACGAGAUGGCCCGCCAGCGGCACAUCUACGAGACGGCGUUCGACUCACGCGUCAAGCAGCGAGACCCGGACCAGGACUUGGACCGAAUGGCCCAGAGCCCUGUACUCCUCGCUGGGCUGCAGCAGCAGCCCCGUGCAGGCCCCCUCUACCCGGUGCCGUCAUCAUCCUCAUCUUCGGGAGUGUCAGUUACGCCAGGUCGUAAGGGAGGCAUCACAAGGCAGCCUUCAUUGCAGGAUGCCUGUUGCCCGAAGCCGCCACCGCACCAGGGGAGCAGUAGCAGCACUUCAGCAUCUUCUAACGUUCAGCAGCAACCAGCACCAACACCUCGUGGUUCGAGCAACAGUGGUGGUGGCAACCCUUCAGUUCCGAUUCCUGCCACCAGAGGGCAGGGUUUGGCGAGCAAGCAAGCGUCAGCGGCCGACAAGGCCAUUUACCAGAACCAUCCAUUACCACAGUCCCCUAUUUCUGAGAACCCCCCUGCUGCACCUCUCGGCGCUGUCGCCGUUAAGCGCAGCAUCCACGCAGGUGUCAAGGUGCUCCCUUCAGAGCCAGUGCGGCGCCCAAGGCAUGGUGGCCACCGCAAGGAAGGGGAGCCUAUGGCCCUGGCGCCAGUGCUGCUCAAUGGGUUCCGCUCUACAUCCUCAGACAAUGUGUCGUCAUCCUCCUCCUCAGACAACAGUCCCCGCAGGCCUGAUGAGAAACGAGGCCGGCAUGGUCCAUUACAGCCAGUUGCUGCUAAUUCCAGCCAUGUGGCAAGCACGGCAGCACCGCUUCAAAAUGGCUCCAGCUGCGCCCUCCAGUCAUUCAGAGCAUCACCAUCCGUGGACAGCCUCUCCAACUCAUCCUGUGAUAGUCCUCGAAAACCUGAGGAAAAGCGGGGGAGACUGGUAGCAGCCGCACCACCCACAGUAAUCAAUGGAGCACCCUUUAAGACUAUCCAGUGCAGAAAAGGAAUCUCCUCAACUUCGGCUGAAAUUGAUAAUGCUGAGCGGAGGCUCUCUGACAACAGCAAGCGGUAUCCUGCUGCAAGACCACUGCUUACGCACAAUCAAAGCCCCAGCUCGGACUCGAGACCAGAGAGCGACUACGACCGGCCCUGGGACUUGCCAAGGAUCAAGCGCAGCAAUGGUGACUCGCCUCCGCAAGUCCCCGAUCAUAGGUCCCGGCCGGCAGUGCAGUCGCCCACGCAGCACACUCCAGCGGCGCCGCCCUCGGCCGUCCGGCUGCCCCCUCCGUCCCCCGAGAGCACGGCUCCACAAGCCUCAGAGCUCUGUCGCGCCAGCCCUGCGCCAACAGCUUCGAGCAGCAGUGGCGGUGGCCCCAGUUCAUCCUCCCCUUCAGUGGCCAUGAUGGCCUCCUCUUCCUCAUCCUCGUCCAACACGUCCAUCACGAUGGAGUCACCUGCCGCAGGUCCACCUGCCAGGCCCAGCGCUCCAGCACGACCCAUGCUCAACCUGAACUUGAACCUGAAUGCAUCGAACUCGCCUAAGCGGUCUCGGCACAACCUUACACUUAACUUUGGUUGCGCCGCUUUGAGCGUCGUCGGCGAGAAAGUAGACACCAGCGUCGCUCUUGAAAAGCAGGGGUGGUACCAUGGCUCGAUCAGUCGCCUUGAUGCUGAGAACUUGCUCAGGGUUCUGAAGGAAGGAAGCUACCUCGUCCGCAACAGUGAAAGUUCCAAGCACGACUUCUCACUCUCCCUGAAGAGUGCACGGGGUUUCAUGCAUAUGAAGAUAGUGCACAAUGAAGACGGGAAGUUUAUAUUGGGCCAGUUCAGCAAGCCCUUCGAAAGCAUCCCUGAGAUGAUCCACCACUACUCAGUCAACAAGCUGCCCAUCAAGGGAGCCGAGCACAUGUCGCUUCUCUACCCAGUCAUUGACCAGCUUCUCUGAAAAUGCAUUGGACUGUGUGUCACCUGCUGUGUGCUGGCAGCAUCAUAUAGAAUACCUUUAAUUUCUUUAUUUUCUUUCAAAAUGCCCAUUCUCUUCUUCAAUGUUUUAUAUUGUACUACUGAGUGACAGAUGCCAAAAAAAAAAAAAAAGAGAGCCAAGCUCUCUGCACAAUUUAGAGCUUUCUUAGAGUUAGGCAGUGUACAAAAACAGUACACAUGUCGAAUUCUCUUUUCAGCCUUUCCUGUCUGCCUGAGUAAGGAUGUAGCUAUCUGAGAUUGUAAGCAAACAACUUCUGUGCAUAUUCUGAGCAAAGUAUUACAACUUUUGAAAUUUAGCCUUCUUUAAUGUUGUGCAUUUUCAUGAAUGAGUAAUAUUGCUUGCAUGUUUCAAGCAGAAUGGUGCCACGUUUCACACAAAGAGCAUACACGGUUCUUUUUAAACUGAAGUGAAAUUUUACUGCUGACUUAUUUGUGUUUCUUUAUUCUAGCUUAUUCCAUCAUUUAUCUUCUCAUUAUCUUCUCUCAUUAGAAACCAAACAGUCAUGACAUCGUUGUGUCAACAGCUCUGUUAAUUGUCACUCGCAGGAUUUUCGAAGUACUAGCAGAUGUUGCUUUCCUUUAUCUGAAGCUUCAGAAGCAGCUUUCUGGGCCUUAUUUGUCCAUUUCCUUAUCUAUGACAACUGUCGUUGUACUUAAGUGAAAUGUCCUGUGUGGAAGGACUCACUCUCAAGUCUAGAUGUCAAACCACUUCAUUUGUUGGUGGCAACAUUCCAUUAUACAUAAUUCACUCUGUUUCUACUGCACAUUAGAUAAUUAAGAAGUGAGGUUAUGUACUUAAUCUUACCAAGUAUUUAUUUCAUUGUUUCCAUGGUGUGAAAUUUUCUAGUCGGUUUAGGCACUUCCUAAGGUACAUAUACAUUUUGUUUCGUAUUACGAAGAGGGUGAAGAUGCGCAUGUGAGUAGUGUAAAAAGUGUUUUUAUUGCCAGUUGCACAGCUGAUGUAUAAGAAUGAAAACAUGCAGUAUGCUUAAGAGGAGCGAAGUGGUCUUUGACCAGAGAAGUGCAUCCAUGGUGCUUUGACUGCCUACAUGUUAACUAUAUCAACAUGCGGCAAGCUUGGGCAGGCAUUCUGCAUCAAAAUCAAAUUCCACUUGAAGAUGCUCAUGCGGUCGCAUUCAGCUUGUGUUUAGCAGUUUUUACUUUUGUUUACCCUAUUGUCAUGCAGAUAAAAAAAAAUGCUGAGGGGUUGUCCUUGAUAAUUAGCCUUUCUCCUGCUGCUAACAGUUUUAUUAUACUGGCUUCCAGAAUGUCUAUAAUUGGUUAGACACAGAAAUGGGCUAAUAAUUUUGUUGAACCGUAGGUGCCAAUUAAAUGUUUCUGCUAGGGUGUAGACUUUCAGAUAUAUUAUUGUGCUUUUACCUCCUUCUUUUCCUAUAUCUGAACAUGCACAAAAAUUAAUUUCAUUGGGGGUGUUGGCACAUAUUAGGCACUUGCCUCAAGAGCCUACACCAAAUGUCAGUGUACUAUAUUAUCAUUUUCUGCAGUUAAAAGGUGUAAGGAUGUGGCUGUAACUAUUCUUUCAAUUUGCAACGUGGAAUGGAUAUAAAAACAAAAGGCUUGUAUAAGCAGGAAACUUCCAGCUGACAUGCACGUGCCUCUCUAAAAAUAUGCAAAUCUCUACAAUGUAUUAUAUGGUGCUCUUAAAAUUUGCAUACCUAACAAACAGCAAUUAGCCCUGUAAGAAAUUAGUGUUUUGCUUUUGGGAGCUCCCAGUGUGGAAAGUAAUUGGCCACUAGCACUCACUUGCACCUUCAUGAAAAAUAGGCAGAAAAUUAAUAUGCAUGUCGUUGUUAUGGUCGCCUUCAACACACUUGAUCUCCGGCACCAUCAGACAAACCAGCAGUGAGGUUACACAGUUAGCAUGACGCAGUAGCUCAAUCCUCUCAGAGAAAUUUCCCACCUUCAUACAAGUGGCACGUUGCCAUGAAUAAGCUUUGCCUACACAGUGCCAGUUUGUUGCAUCCCAAACACAUUAUCUUUAUCAUUUCGCAUGAUGCGAGUGGCAAAGUGAUUUUGGUGCCAGGGUCGUUGCCUUGCCGAACAUGCUCAACAUUCUCUGGCGAGUACUGCGGCAUUGAAAUUUUUUCAUCCAUAAGCCGUAGUGUUAUGACUUCCGUCUUUGGAAGAGGUACUACUGUAUGCAAAAUACGAUUGCUUUUUCUAUUUAUCCUGCCAGUCAUUAGCCAGUGUUCGUCUUAUGCUCUUUCAGCUAAGAAUGGAAAAAUUUGAACAGUUGGAAAGCUGGAUAUUGAUAUAACAAACACUGAAUAACGAAUUAUUGGAUAUUAGGGAAUAUCAGAUAAAAGAAAAUAAAUAUAUAAUGUUUCUUGCUGAUAUCAGCAUGUAAUGAAUAUGGUAUGCCUAUAACUAAUAUCGGAUAUAACAAAGGUACUUUAAUGUUGAAUGCAACUUUCUUGUCACGAGAUUUGGCUCUAUUUGCAAAAUAUUUUCUCUAAGCUUCCGAUGCUAGAUUUCAAGAACUUCUAACAUGCUCGUGCAGUCCAUAAUUCACCAGCACCUUUACCAUCAUUUCAUUAUCACUGUGACGUGAGAAAAGUAUUGUGAAUUCCGCUCCUGGCUAACAAAUGAUUGGAUGUGAGCGAACACGUAUAGAUACAGGUGCUGUGAUGGGAUCCAAUGUGGUAUUGUGGUCCCAGUGAAAAUUUUCCUCUGCCGGGUGCUUCGCCAGACUUUCCGACUUUCAUUUGCGCUGCUGAUGUUUGCGUUUUUCGCUGCUUGAGCACAUUUUGCAUGAUGUGCCUUCUCAGCUGUGAGAAUGAGACAGCAGUACUUGGAAGUUGAAAGACGGUGCGUUGUGGAGAGUUGCAGAGUCAGGCAUUCCCAGCCAGGAAAUGUUGGUACCAUGGUGAAGAAACCGACUCUAGCUUGCUUUAGGCAAGCUGCUAUUAAGCUUGCUUCUUACUCUCCUUAACAUUUAUUAGCACAUAGCUGUUGCAUUUAUGUUAGAGGCAGUGCUAGGCACCUUGUGAUUACGGUGUAAUUUGAUGUGCUUAUGGAUAGUUGGCAGCAAGUUGAAAUGUUGUCGGUGGUUGAAGUAUACUGGUAAUCUUUGACUUACUCGCAUAAAGCCUUGAAAUGAACCAAGUAUGCUGUGGUUCAUGUACUUAGUUUUAUACUCGUUCACCAUGCCACCUCUUUAAGAUAAUAGGCAUAUUGGAUUCUAAAUUUCAAGUGUUCAAAUGGUGUACAUUGUCAUCCUGAUUAUAUGUUGUGCCUCCUAGGUAGCUGUCUCGGCAACUCUUGUUUGCACAGAACGAAAAUAUCUGCAAUGUGCCAACAUAACAAACCCGCCUCCCCCCCUUUUUUUUCUAAGUCAAGUUUUCUCUCUCUUGCCUCUUUGUGCUGGGCAGUAAAGGUGGCAGAUUUUGCUUGCAUUUCUUGCUGUGUUCUGCACAGUUAUGCUGCCUUUUAAGUGAUGAAGUACCAUUUGUCUGGCAUGGUCAAAACCUACUGAUAUUGUGAGCAUAAACGCAGCUGUCUGUAGUACAUGUAAGUGCGUAAAAGCAACAUAUUUUAAUUAAGUACUUAAUGCUUGUGCGCCUGCUUGUAAUUUGUGUUGCCACUCAAGAGAUUCAUCAGGGAUGUCAUUCUUGCGGUCAUUCAUGGGCCACUCAGUAAGUGGCUGUUGCAGCAAGUAUACAGGACUCUGAAGCAGCAGAAGCUUGAUGUGGGCGAGUUGGUUUUGCACACUUGAAGAAAAGAGCGCUACAAAGACGCGGACUAAAAGAGGAACAUGUACGACGGACAAGGCGCUACUUCCAACUAAAUGUUUUUUGAAGAAACAGGCUUUUAAAUAGAUACAACCUAGAAUGGCCCAUCGUGACAUCCCGACCUCCCUAUCGCAUUAGAAAUGCUAUCUCUUUUUUGGUAAGCAUCACUGAAGGGCAGCUAAUGCACGUGCCUUCGGCCUUUGCAAUGUAGAAUGCUUCUAAUAUAUCUCGUUCUAGUCUGUCUCUAGACCGUGCCAGAAACCUGGUGUCACGAAGAUACGGGUGGCAAUUGUGACGUUUAGUGUUUUGCCAGGUGGCCCCCCGCAUUGUUAUUUACGGCCCAAUUGUGCUCACGCGCCCUUUCAUUAAAACACCGUCCGGUUUGACCGAUAUAAACCUGUUGGCAACUUAGGGGUAUCUCAUAUAUGACAUUACUUUUGCAAGCCAUGUACUGCACUGCAUGUUUCUUGGAGCAUGGUUCGAGUUUUGCUUUUGUCAUCAUAGGGCGUAUCUUGGCCAGCUUACACGGUGCACUGAAAAGAAGAUUAACACUGUGCCUUUGCGCCUUCAGUGCACCGUGUAAGCUGGCCAAGAUAUGCCCUAUGAUGACAAAAGCAAAACCCGAACCAUGCUCUAAGAAACAUGCAGUGCAGUACACGGCUUGCAAAAGUAGUGUCGUAUAUGAGAUACCCAUAAGUUGCCAUCAGGUUUAUAUCGGUCAAACCGGACGGUGUUUUAAUGAAAGGGCGCGUGAGCACAAUUGGGCCAUAAAUAAGAAUGUGGGGAGCCAUCUGGCAGAACACUGUAAAUGUCACAAUUGCCGCCCGUAUCUUCGUGACACCAGGUUUCUGGCAUGGUCUAGAGAUAGACUAGAACGGGAGAUAUUAGAAGCAUUCUACAUUGCAAAGGCCGAAGGCACGUGCAUUACCUGCCCUUCAGUGAUGCUUACCAAUAAAGACAUAGCAUUUCUAAUGAGAUAGGGAGGUCGAGAUGUCACGAUGGGUCAUUCUAGGUUGUAUCUAUUUAAAAGCCUGUUUCUUCAAAAAACAUUUAGUUGGAAGUAGCGCCUUGUCCGUCGUACAUAUUCCUCUUUUAGUCCGCGUCUUCGUAGCGCUCUUUUCUUCAAGUAUACAGGACUCUGCUCAUGUUUCUACCAUAUGUCACGAUAUAUCGUGGGCAGUUUUUCAAAAGUAAAAGGGGGAUAAGCUAAACAGCUGUUUACGUGGACAUCUACAUAUCAAGUCAUAAACAACAGAACUGUAAUUGCUUUGUUUUCCAUACGUACAUGGCUAUAAAAUGUUUGCCAUGCGUGUGUGUGUGUGUGUGUCUGCUAGAACUGUCGGUUUUCCUUCAACUUUGUCGCAGUAUGUAAUAAAUGUAGGUGGCAUGGUUCUAUAGAUGAAACGAAAGGAACUGCCCAAUAACAAUGGGGCUCUACAAUGUGACUUUUGAGAACACAGCUUGUGCCUAUAGAAAACAGUACUAUUUGUACUCUUUCAGAGAAGGCACUGAUGUUUCAUAUUCUUGGAACACUUCAUAGCGAAUGCGAUUCGGCAUGGUAAGUGGAUAAAAUUUCAAAUGUCUGUGUUGAGUGAGCCGGGGAAAAACUUGAAAUAGCUUUUGAAAACUCAAGUGAGUCUUGUUAUUACAAUUUGUUUGGGAGCCAGACUAAUAGUACUAAGUAGUACAAUUUUAUUUUCACUACAGAAAGUAAUGAGUCUGCUUUUUGUUUUCUUUGUGUGUUUGUAACUAUUCCUGUGUGCUUUACUAGAUUCUUGGAUGUGGGGUCGCAGAGGCUGUACAGUUGAAGCUGUCUGUACUUCUGUUGUGAUUUUCAAGGCCGCAUGACAAUGUCAAAGCUUCUGUUGUUGAACAGCAAAGUAAUCAUUACCAGCUGUCUGCAACACGUUUUGAUGUGCAAUAGUGGAAAGGGAAAUGUUGAAGUGACAGCAUUUUGAAAGCGUUUAUCAUGAGCCCAUGCAUACAAGUGUAAUGAAGUCAUGCCAAGUAAACUUAUUUUAAGUACCGUAGAAAAAAAAAAGAUUAUGAGAGUGUGCUAGCAGAAAGUGAUUGCACGAUUUGAUAAAGGCUUUCAUUCCAUCACUACUAUACUCAACAAGUUUUUAAAGUGUUUUGAUUUUAGAUUGACAUUUAUUACCUAUGACUUACAUGUGGAGGGCUUUGUUUCAGACUGUUAAUCUAAUAAGAAGCAUCAGCCUGAUCCUGCAGUAUGAACAGCAUGAUAAUAGGCUCUACUUUUUAUUGCAGAACCACUUUUACUUGGAAUUUGCAAAUGCAUUGUUGCCUAAAUCAUUUUUCUGGGAUGUUUACUGUAUGCUGUUCUUGUGUUCUUGGACUUCUUCAGAGCUGCUUUGCUUCAUUUGAGUAGGAAACGUGCCAAAAAUAUGUCUCUGUAAAUUGCACCAAUAAUACAUUUGCAGUUGUAAAUGUUAAUCAAGUCUGGUGCUCGAGUGCACUAAAACAAAUAAUGAAUUAGAGGGGUGGUUUAAGGUGAGACAAGUAUAGCACCUGUCAUGUAGAUAUGUAUUAUUUUUGCACAACUCACUUUGCACAAGGGAAUAGAAAAAAUACAUGUAAAAUGUAAACAGACGUUUUUCUUGUGUUUUUAUGUUCUUUUAACUAGCUAUUUAGAUAAAAUGUGUGCGUCCCCAUUGUUUCUUUUCUUAACCUAUUAUGUUCAUGUGAAUGGUGUUAUGGCGAGUUUGUUAUUUCUAGUGUGACAGUACUAAGAAAUGUACAGAGAUCCACGAAGUGUUCGUACUUAAAUGGCGUGCUCAUGCAUAGGUUUUUAGACCUUGAGGUCUAAGGUGUGUCCGUGCCCUCCACGAGACAGUUUGUGAAAGCUUGUACAGGAAGACCAGCUUGUAAAUGCGUUCUCGGUUUUUGUAAAUGUGUUGCCAUUUGCCCCACAGUUCUUGCAGGCCUUUGUGCUUCGCAGCCAAGACUUGACAUGCCGAAGGGUGGCUGGAACUUCAUAAUGCAAUGUGCCAUUUUGCUUGGCAGACUGACGUGUGUGUACAUAGCGUUCUGCGGCCAGAAGGCUUUCAUUUGUUCUUACAGUGCUGUAUGUAGUUUUAUCAGGGACAGCAGCAGUGCAUUGUUUUGAAGAAGGAAAAUAUUCUCUCUUCUGUUAGGUUAGAGAAAAAAAAAGUGAUUUCAACUCGUGACACUCUAGUGUGGUCAGUCUUGUACUGAAGUGUUUUUAAAUAAAGAAAGUUCUGUAAAAGUG